CCGAGGCCUGGCACGAGCUCGCCGAACUCUACCUGGAGGCGGGGUCUCUGCAGCGGUCGCUCUUCUGCUUCGAGGAAUUGUUAGUCUCCAACCCGCGCUCCAUGUAUUACAUUCUUGUCUACGCCGAACUGGCCUACUCCACAGGCGAGUUCGAGCUGGCCAGGAAGUACUUCUCCCUCGCGGCGUACCUGGACGGGUCCAACCUGCGCGCGCUCUGGGGCCUGCUGGUCUGCCACAUGGCGCUCGCCGAGAAGGACAAGACGUCGGAGAAGAUGGGCCAGCUGAAGAUGUACACGAUAGAGAGAUUGAAGCAUGCCUACAAGGCCCAGGGCACAGGCAAGGCGGGCAAGAUGGCCAUGCUUCUGCUGGACACGGAGCUCGUGACUGGCGCGCAGUGAGCGCGCGCGCGGCGGCCACCUCCCACGGGAGAACUGCGCCGCGCUCGGCGGCGUUCGCGGCCCAAUGCGCCGGGCCCCCGCCCGUCGGGCCUGCUUGCCGGCUGGACCACGGAGAGGGGGCGGUCGGGGGUCCGCCGCGCGCCGCCGCGGUCGGUCCGGCAGCCAGUGACGUCGGCGACCCGCGGCGGGAUGGGACGCCGCGCGCGGCCGUUUUUGGAUGACCCGCGUCCGUGCCCCGGAGGGUGCGCGGACGGCGCCGGCUGCGCGCCUGGCGCCGGUCCUGGCUGUUGCCUGGCCUCUGCGUCCAACAGUGCCCAGGAUCCGGGCCCCUCCGGGUCUACCACCGUGCCCUGGUUCUCGGGCCGCUCCUGAGACACGGGCCGGGUAACCUGCGCUUCAGCCUACGCUCGUGCCCGAGGCCCGCUGUGGCAGGAGGCGCCCUUCCGUUUCUUGCGCCUCGCUCCUCGCGGUCGGCAGCACGGCGGCCGUCGCAGGCGACUUUUUCUGCCCCCGCCCCGAGCUCCGCCCGAACAGUUUGGCCGCUCA